AUGGAAGAAAUAACCCGAGAAAGCAGCAAACAAGAAAUAUUUAUUACGGAAGAUGAGGAUGCGGAUGAUGAGCAGAGACUGGUGAUCUCUGAUGACAAACACACUGAGUCACCCAUCUCAACAACUGAGGAAGGCGCUAUGCAUGGUUCGCCGUCGGACUCACAAAAUGUUGUAAGGAGUGAUGAUCAGAAAGAGAUUUGUGGUAUGCAGUCACCUCAAAAAGAAAUUGCAUCUAAAACUACAGCAGAUAUCACGUUUUCUUGGCAAGAAUAUCUGAAACAGACCGAAGCCAUUGCAGCAUCGGAAGAUUGUUUUUACCAAGAUCCUGUACCACCUCAAAAUAACUUCACUGUUGGCAAGAAGGUGGAAGUGCCAGAUCCGAGAGGCAAGGAGGUGCAAUGCUUAGCGACCAUUGUUGCGGUUCAUUCGCUCUGGGUAUGCCUUCGACUUGAUGGUGAAGAUGGAAGUAAUGACCACUGGCUUAUAUGCGAUGACGAACGAAUCAAACCAGUUGGAGACUGCGAAAGAAAUGGCCUGAUUUUGCAGCCUCCAUUUGGUUUUAUGUAUAACUUAGCUUCUUUUCAUAAAUUCAUCGAAAAUCAGUUAAAACCUGCGGCAGAUGGCAGCAUUCCAAUAGCGCCUUCAGAAUCUUUCAAACCGAUUCCAUUCAAAUAUCAUCCAAGGAAGAAUAGAUUUCAAGUGGGUAUGAAGUGUGAGGCGAUUGAUCGCAAAAAUUUCAACGGUCGUCCAUGUCCUGCAACUGUGGUUGAUAUAAAAGGCGAUUAUUUAACAAUAAGUUAUGACGGCUGGAACAAAGCUUAUGAUAGUAGGGAACGUUACGAUAGUCGCUUUAUUUUUCCAGUUGGAUGGGCCAUUAAAUGUGGCCUUGAAGUGCAACCGCCGAAUCAUGUAAAAGGAAAAGUUCUGCAACGUAUGGUGCAAAAAGAUACGUUACCCAAAGCUCCGAAAAUCGCCACUUUGGAGAAAUCGAAAAUACUCAAAAGGAAAUCAACCAAUACCAAAAGCGGUUCGCAACGAACACGAAAUCAGAAGCGGAAGCGAACUUCUCCAAUUUCCGUUCCUCUUCGUAAUUCUUCAGAUGGUUCUUGCUCAUCUCAUUUAAUUGAUAUAAUUGAUCAGAUUGCUAAGCAAACGCAUACGGUGGAAGCAAGUUCUGCAAAUAGUGCGUCGAACCAGCAAAUAGUGACCAGUGCAGCGGAUCCAGCUACGAUUCUAGACGAUCGUAUUGAACCUCGUGCACGAAAAACGGUACCAUUACCGCUUCUUCCUGGAGGCCCAGUUAUUAGGCAGUCUCGAAAGGCAAUUUCCUCCCCAGAUGAUGUACAAAAUGUGCUCCCAGACAUCGUUCUCUCAACAACUGAUGUGCAACCAGUUCAUAAAAUGAUUGUUUAUUUAAAUCGAGGUUGUCGAUGUGCACCCACUCUAAACGCUUCGCUUGUUCGUAAAUUACCGGAGAAAUUUGGACCUGGCACUUUGCAUCAUAUUUUAAGGGAAACAGUGCAGCAAAUCGUAAAUUGUGCUGUUGAUCCUUCUUUUGUGUUUAAAAGAGUUGAUCCUGGAACUCUAAGAAUUUUAUCUAUUACUGCCGAAAUCCAUGAAGUGACACACGUACGCGCUAUACCAGCAUUGAAGACUCUUACCUCUGCAUGGGAUUAUUUGCAUGCUUUUAUUUCGAAAUUAAAUGUGUGUCGGAACUUUUUGACGGAGGAACCGAUCUGUUGCUCAUUAUGUUCUUGCCCUAGUGAUGAUGGAGUUGUGAGUACUACUGCAAAUAGUGGUGUGCUAAAAUACGGUGCCGAGAGCGAUGAUUCGGAAGAUUACGAAGGUCAUCAAUACUUGGAUUUAGCAGAGUGGUCCAUGCAGCGCGUUGCAAAUGAAGUUGAAAAUAUAUUUGAUGCAAGUGUUGCAGAAAAAUUUUUGCAAAAUCAGAUUGAUGGCAAAGCUUUAAUUUUGCUAACGACUGAACUGUUGAUACGGCAUCUGGAAAUGCCGUUUGGUCCGGCUUUGAAGAUGAUGUCAUACAUUGAAUCGUUGAAACGCAGAGCAUGGCGGACUACUUCUCAUAGUACAAAAUAA